GCCUGUUGUGUGGUUUAAAGCAAGCAACUUACUGCCCAAAACCAUCUUUUCUUUGUUCUUUUUCCUUUGCAGCAAUGGCUGUGGUGGUGGUUUUUGAUUUUGACAAGACCAUUAUAGACUGUGAUAGUGAUAAUUGGGUUGUGGAUGAGUUGGGUCUCACCCCUUUGUUCACUCAGCUCCUCCCCACCAUGCCUUGGAACUCUCUCAUGGAUAGGAUGUUUAUGGAACUUCACUCACAAGGGAAAACUAUGGAGGAAAUUGCAGAAUGUCUAAAAAGGGCUCCAUUGCAUCCCAGGAUUAUCUCUGCUAUUAAAUCAGCUCAUGCUUCUGGGUGUGAUUUGAGGAUAGUCAGUGAUGCAAAUGCUUUCUUCAUUGAGACAGUCCUGAAACAUCAUGGGUUGAUGGACUGUUUCUCUGAAAUCAAAACAAACCCUAGCUUUGUGGAUGGAGAAGGAAGGCUCAGAAUCUUACCAUACCAUGAUCUCAAGUCAUCCUCCCAUGGCUGCAACUUCUGCCCUCCCAACAUGUGCAAGGGUCUGGUCAUGGAAAGGGUAAGGACCUCUGUGUCUGCAGAGGGGAAGAAGAGGUUUAUCUAUCUAGGGGAUGGAAGUGCUGAUUUUUGCUCAGGUUUGAAGCUUGGAGAAGGGGACUACCUGAUGCCCAGAAAGAAUUACCCCAUUUGGGAGAUUAUUUGCAGUAACCCAAAGCUGAUCAAGUCCAAGAUUAAUGAAUGGAGUAAUGGAGAGGAACUGGAGAAGAUCCUCCUCCAUUUGAUCACUACAAUCAGCAUUGAGGAGAAGUGUAAUAUGAGGUCUGAUAAGUGUCAGGCCAGUUCCAUGGAUUCCCAUAAAACAUUCCAAAGUGUUCUCCCAGUUCCUCAUUAGUUUAUGGCUAUGAAAGCUGGAUUUCUGAAAGAUGUGAUGAGAUGAACACUUUUUUGAAAAGGGGAGUAGGGGAAUCAGCUUGAUUGUGUCUACAUGGACCUUCCAUUGUCAUUUUUCAAUCACCCAUUGAUCAUUGAAUUAUUGUUGAUGGCAGCUUUUAA